UAGAGGCAAAAAAAAAAAAAACAAAAAAUAAGUAAAUCAGACAAUGGCCACAAUCAACGAGGAGGAGGUCAACAGCAAUGGGAAAGUCGAUUCAUCGAUGGAGCCGGAGAGCACUCUGCAGCAGCUGAAGGCAAAAAAAAAUAAAUCGAAUUUGUUUCUCAUCAAAUCCUACAGUUUCAUUGAAAAGAACAAUAACAAUAAUAGCAAUAGAAACAACAACAAUAACAAUAAUCAUGGGCUAUAUAAUAAGCGUUUGCAAUCGCCUGAUAUGCAACCCUUUCCGGAUAUCGCCUCCUUGAUGCUCGUUGCUGAUGAGCAGCCCACCAAGAAGACGCGUUCGAAGAAGUCCCAAAACAAAACGCAGAAAACGAAGGUUAUCAAAAAUGGAAUGAAACAGCAAGAGGAGGAUCAGCAGGAUCCACAGUUCAUUAGCGAGCAGGAGGCUCAGCUGCUGCGUCGCAAUCCGCACGAGUUUGAGGAGCUGUUCAAGCACUCACCGGCGGCACAUGGUUUACAUCUGCCACGCCCACAAUCGCUGCCCGGCAAGGUGCACUUUGAGGCGUCGACGUUGUGCAUUAUCGAGCCGUCGGCGUCGAAGCGUCGCAGCGGCAACAUCAAACGCGAAUCGUUCUUGCGACAGAGUCUACAAUCGAUACGCCGCAGCUUUGGGUCGAGCAAGCAUUCGUCGAAGCUUUCGUUAGCCACGCCCUCGAUCACACCGAUGCCCUCGCCGGUGUCAUCGAACGCCUCGUCCACAUCGACAACAUCCUCCUGCUCCUCAGCCACAGCCAUCUCUAUGCUGAGCAAGGCGCAGGCGCACAAUCACAUCCUGGAUGAGUUCCUGCCCACGCCCGUUGUCCUGCUGCUCAAUAAUGAUGCGCAGAUACAAUAUAUCAGCCAAGCAGUGAACAGAUCGACAAACAGCGUCGUCAGUGGCAACAGCUGCGCCGUCGAUGAGCGUGCAACAGGCUCCAUGGCAGCGUUGCAGCUGCCAGGACAACAAGCAGCAGCAGCAGCAGCAGCAGCUGGCGACAAUCCUAAAUCAACAGCAGCGACAACUCUAAACGAACUGCACCAACAGCAACAGCAGCAGCAGCAACAGCAGCAACAACAACAACAACAACUAGAGCAACAACUGCCUCAACUAAGGCGCCAACAAGUGGCCACACAGUUCUCCCUGCCCGAGACGCUUGGCCCGGAGCACAGUUCAUUGCCUCAAAGCAGCUUCAGCAGCUAUAUCGGUCCGCUGCAGUCGAGCGGCAGCGCUCAGAGUCUCGCUAGCAACUCCAGUAUCAGUCCUCGCAACCGUCACAGCCCGAGUCAGGGUCAAGGCAAGACGGGCGGCUCAGCGGCCGGCAACACGGCCAAACAACAUGAACUGCAACAGGCGUCAGCGGUGGCAACGAUCUCCUCAACAUCUGCCACCGCUGGCGCCGGCAACGGCAGCAGCAGCGGCGGCGGCGGCGGCAGCGUUGCGUCCUCAUCGGCAGCUGCGGGCAGCGCCACAGUAGCCGCAACGCCAAAUGAAAAAGAGAAGAAGCGCAAGGAAGUCUCCAGUUCGCGUGUGAAAAAGUUCCAUCGCCAUUUUUCGCAAGUCUCCAAAGACGAGAAGCUCAUCAAUUACUUUUCAUGCGCUCUGGUUGGGGACAUUCCGCUGCAGGGUCACCUGUACAUAACGGACGAUCACUUCGCCUUCUACUCCAAUGUCUUUGGCUAUGUAACCAAGGUUGUUAUUCCCACGUCUUCGGUAACGAAAAUCUCCAAAGAGAAAACCGUUAAAAUAAUACCAAAUGCUGUGGGCGUCGCCACAGCCGAUGAGCGUCAUGUCUUUGGCAGCUUCAUCAGCCGCGAGUCCGCAUUUCGUCUAAUGUGUAGCGUGUGCAGCCAUCUCGCCUCUGGGGCGGAGAUUCUGCCCAAGGCCCUGCCCGCGGAUGUGGAGCUAACGGAGGAGUAUAUCGACGACGACAGCAGCUGUUCGGUCAGCGGCAACGAGAGCCCGCCACAUCUGCGAGAUGCAGCCGCCACCGAAACGGCGGCCAUCGAAUCCGAGCCACAAAUGUUUCUCCGGCAGCGACCAAACACUGACAGACAUUCCGAUCAGCAGGCAAGCAGCUCGCCGAGGGUAUUGCAUAGCCCGGUGACCAUUCGCAGCGCCGCUCCACCCAUUGUCCACUAUGAGGAGCCGAUGGCUGGCGGGCAAGUGCUGCUCAUUAAGAACGGCGCUGGUAGCCGUACGGUGAAUGGUUCCGCUUCCACUUCUGCAACAGCUUCGGCUGCAUCCAGCUCUGGCCCUCCUUCCAGCUCCUCGUCGCCCAUUACAGUUGUGGGCGUGGCAGCUCCGCCUCCAACGCCAACUGCAGCGCCAUCAGUGGGUCGAGGGCUCAGUAGAUUGGCCCAUUCGGCUCGCUUGCGUUUGGGCCUGCGGCUGCCGUCGCUCACAGAGCUGCAUGUCAUCUAUCUGGGCAUAAUGCUGGCCUUUAUGCUUGCCCUCUUCUCAGUCUUCUUACUCCACCGCAUCCUGGACAUCGAGGCCAAGACGAGUCUCUACCGGACGCCAGUCGACUUCAAUAUGCGGCCGGGCAACGAUGAAGACAUCUUUGCGGAGGCGCUGCGCUGGCAAAAGGAGCUGCAGGACAGAAGCACGGCAGAAGCUCAGCAUAUUUUAACGCGGAAUCUGGAGCAAAUAUCUAAGGUGCGUCGCAGCCUGGAAACGCUAUCGAUGCUGAUCCAUGACAGAAGAGCCGGUUAUGGCGAGGCCCAGGCGAGUGCGGGGCCGGAAACGGUAUCGGAGAUGGGAGCAAUGCCGGAGCCGGAUCUAGUCGGUGCCAGCCAGGUUCAUAGCGAUGUCAGUGACUGAUUUCCGAUUUUGAUUUUGAUUUUGAUUUCUACAUCGAUAUCGAUUUUACCCCCUCCCCAAAUACACAAACACUCUCUCUUUAAGCUUAAGUUUUAGUCGGCUCAUAGAAAGUAAAACAAAGCCCAAA